AUGGCUUCGGCCUCUAACCCGCAGCAGCAUUCAAGAAACUUACCCUGGGUAGAAAAAUACAGACCUCAGAAACUGGACGACUUGAUUUCACACAAAGACAUCCUCAGCACCAUCCGGAAGUUCAUCAGUGAGGAUCGACUGCCGCACUUGUUGUUCUACGGUCCUCCCGGUACCGGCAAGACAUCCACCAUCUUGGCCUGUGCCAAGCAGCUAUACAAGGACAAGGAAUUCAACUCCAUGGUUCUGGAGCUCAACGCGUCAGAUGACCGAGGCAUCGAUGUGGUCCGGGGCCCCAUUCUUAGCUUCUCCAGCACCAGAACCAUCUUCAAGAAAGGGUUCAAGUUGGUGAUACUCGAUGAGGCUGACGCCAUGACGCAGGACGCCCAGAAUGCAUUGCGGCGAGUGAUGGAGAAGUACACUGAGAACACGCGCUUUUGCCUGAUCUGCAACUACUUGUCCAAAAUCAUCCCGGCGCUGCAGUCGCGCUGCACGCGCUUCCGUUUUGGACCGCUGUCGCCGGACCAGAUGAUACCUAGACUGCAGCACGUCAUCCAGCAGGAAAGCGUGGACAUCACUCCGGAUGGGAUGAAGGCACUGGUGACUUUAUCAUCGGGUGACAUGCGAAGAUCCCUCAACAUCCUGCAGAGCACUAGCAUGGCGUACGGCCGCGUGACCGAAGACACGGUGUACACGUGCACGGGACACCCGCUGCGCUCGGACAUCGCAAACAUCCUGGACUGGUCGCUCAAUAAAGACUUCAACACCGCGUACAAGCAGAUCCUGGCGUUGAAGACGUUGAAAGGUUUAGCGCUGCAGGACAUUCUCACCGAAGUCCACCUGCUCAUCCACAGAGUGGAUUUCCCUUCAACGGUGCGGAUGGGUCUACUCAUCAAACUGGCGGAUGUCGAACACCGGCUGGCGUCGGGCACCAACGAGAAGAUCCAACUGAGCUCCAUGGUGGCGGCGUUCCAGACCGUACGCGACAUGGUGGUCGAAGAGGCCCGCUGA